GGUCAGUGAUUCAAACACGCUCAUUCCCUCUGCAGUUUUGGAUAGGUUUAUUUUACGCUCAAGUUUACGCUCAUAAAAUAGGCAGUGCGUUUUCGGUCGGUAGAUGUGUCAGUAAGCGUCUUUGACGGGAGAAUUGGCGCAUCUCACGGAGCAGCCACCAGGACAAUCGGGUUAUGAACGAUUCGGCCUUUUUGCAAAAAUACCCUAUGUUUUCCCGAGGAGUGAUGCAAUCACCGUCGGUUGCAUGCAGGACAGCGAUGGGCCAUUGGUAGAUCAUACAGUUGUAUUAUUAUAAACGGGGACGCUCCUCCCGAAGCCAUAUUUGUUUGUAUGCCAAACUGAGGCAGGGGGUGGAGAGUCGCUACAGAAACAUUGGGCUUUGGCCAAACAUCACCCUGUAUUAGUCCAUAAUUUACGUUUAGUCGUGGGUUUGCGUUCCUUUUCGUGCAAAAUUUCCGAAUUGAGCGAAUUUUGCCAGAGAAAUGCAGCUUGCUUGAGGACACCCCCGAUAUCGGUUGGCUGCUGCUGCCAUGAUUGGCAGAAGUCUCCUCUCGAUCACUGCUUCGCGGGUUGGAGAAGAAGCAGAUUGAUUUGGACCUGGUCUCAGCUGCGGAACUGCCGAUGUCGGAUGUUAUUAUCAGUGGAGCCUGAUCUUGUAAAUAUUAGAAGCGCAAACAAAGAGUAAUUCUGGAAAAACUCAGGGAAAAUGUCUUCUCGUUCUGCGUUACCGUCUGGGAACGACAGGGGCACGGACCAUCAUGUGACCCUGGCUGCCAGCCGCUCAGACAAGGGAACCAGCCUGUCCAGCCGCUCGCUGGGUGCCCGCUGCAGGAACUCCAUGGCCUCCUGCUCUGACGAGACUCCGCACAUCGGCAACUACCGCCUGCUCAAGACCAUCGGCAAGGGCAACUUUGCCAAGGUCAAACUGGCGCGCCACAUCCUGACGGGCAAGGAGGUUGCAAUAAAAAUCAUUGACAAAACUCAGUUGAAUCCAACCAGCCUACAAAAGCUUUUUCGGGAGGUUCGGAUAAUGAAAGGUUUAAAUCACCCAAACAUAGUGCAGCUGUUCGAGGUGAUUGAGACUGAUAAGACCCUUUACCUAAUCAUGGAGUAUGCCAGUGGAGGUGAAGUAUUUGACUACCUCGUAUCUCAUGGUAGAAUGAAGGAGAUUGAAGCCAGAGCCAAAUUUCGACAGAUUGUGUCUGCUGUCCACUACUGCCACAUGAAGAACAUUGUCCACCGAGACUUGAAGGCCGAGAACCUCCUGCUGGACGCCAACGCCAACAUCAAGAUCGCCGACUUCGGCUUCAGUAAUGAGUUCACGCUGGGCAACAAGCUGGACACGUUCUGUGGCUCCCCGCCCUACGCUGCCCCGGAACUGUUCCAGGGGAAGAAGUACGACGGGCCCGAGGUGGACGUCUGGAGCCUGGGAGUCAUACUAUACACGCUGGUGUCAGGGUCGCUGCCCUUCGAUGGGCAGAACCUCAAGGAGCUGCGUGAGCGCGUCCUGAGAGGGAAGUAUCGUGUGCCCUUCUACAUGUCCACAGACUGCGAGGGGAUCCUACGCCGGUUCCUGGUGCUCAAUCCCACCAAGCGCUGCACCUUAGAUCAAGUCAUGAAGGACAAGUGGAUAAACGCAGGGUAUGAUGAGGAUUCCUUGAAGCCCCAUAUAGAGCCUGUUGAGGACUACAGUGAUGCCGCUCGCAUAGAGGUGAUGGUGGGGAUGGGCUUUACUCCCGAGGAGAUCAAGGACGCUCUGCUCAACCAGAAGUACAACGAGGUCACUGCUACCUACCUAUUGCUGGGCCUCAAGAAUGAGGAUGGUGGCGAGUCUCGUUCGGCCAGUACCCUGUCCCUGGCACGGGUCCGGCCCAGCCCCAUCACUAACGGGACCAACAAGCACUCCUUGGCCACUGCAGGCUCCUCUUCCUCCUCUUCAUCCUCCUCACACAGCAAGACCCAGCGUAGCGCUUCCACCUAUCACAGGCAGCGGCGGCACAGUGACUUCUGCGGGCCCUCCAUGCCGGUCAUGCACCCCAAGAGAAGCCCCACCAGCACAGGUGACCGGGAGCUGCGGGAGGGGCGCAUGCCCCCGCGUAAGGCCAGCUGCAGCGUGAUGGGCAGUCGCUCGCUGCCACCCUCCAGUCCCAUGGUCAGCAGUGCCAAUAACCCCAACAAGUCAGAGAUCCCCGACCGCCGAAAGGAGAUGACUGCCACCACGGUGAGAAACAGUGAGAACAACAUCCCGGGAAGUGCCAUGACCCGGCGGAACACAUAUGUCUGCACGGACCGCUCCAGCACCGACAGACACUCCCUGCUGCAGAAUGGCAAGGAGAACAGCUCCCUGUCCCACCGCCUGCCCCCCACAUCCCCCUCCACCCUGAGCAUCUCUGGGGCCGGGGCCUCCUCCUCCUCUAGCGAGCGCUGCCGUCUGACACGGGGCUCCACCAUUCGAAGCACCUUCCACGGGGGCCAGCUGAGAGACCGGGGCCCGCCCGUCUACUCGGCCCCGCCCACCUCCCCCACUCUGUCCCACCAUGAUGCAAGUCCCCUGCCGCACGCCCGCAGCCGUGCCACCUCCAACCUCUUCACCAAGCUCACCUCCAAACUCACACGCAGGGUCACAAAUGAACCUGAGGGAAUCUGCCGAUCUGCGGUCACAAGGUCAGUAUAUGUCACAAGUCGCCAUUUACCUGGGCAUCAAAAAGCGUCCGAGCCCCGGGCCGUCGGACGUGGCUGGGAUCUGAGGGGACCUGGGGGGCGGCGGGACCCGGCGGAGGUGGUGCUGGCUCUGCGGGAGGCGGCACGGGGUUGCGGCUGCCAGGUCCACCAUGCCGGCCCCUUUCUGCUCUCCUGCACCCACGGGGCGGCCGGUGGUCAAGUGGCCUUUGAGGCCGAGGUGUGCCACCUCUCCACAGGGGGCAGCGCCGCCAACAAUGAGUCUUCCAACGGGGUGCGCUACACGCGACUCUGGGGGGCACCGCUUGCUUUCCGGGACAUCGCCACGCAAAUCUCAAAGGACCUCGAACUCUGAAUAUAAUGGGGGUUGAGAAGGAUGGAAAGUGAAAUAGAUAAAGGGACUUGGGGCUGCAGAUAAAUACAUUUCCUCCUGUCUCUUACGUGGCUAAAGACCUACCCCCCUCCACACCAGUCUCAACCUAACCACCCAAACCCCCCACGCCACACAGACUCAAGCAUCUCCUCCCCCAACUUCAUCCACUGGAUCCGGACCAGAGAGAUAUCCAGCUUCAUAUUUUUUAUCGUUAACUCUAGCCAGAAUGACUAUUACUUUUAUGAUUGGUAUCAUUGUGGUUUUUAACCAUCACCACCUCCGAACCGACACUAUCGAAAACAUUCUCGAAAACAUUUCUUGUGUCUCGCCGUCUUUGAUUGUCUUCUGCGUGUCACUGUAUGUGUUUUUGGUCAUUCUUCUCCCAUUUGAACAUUAAUAUGGAUAAAGUGAUUAUCCAAGGACUUGUCGCCAGUGGACAACAUGCACAAAUAGGGAGACAGUUGCUCUGUCUUUCAUUGUGUGCAUGGUAUGGGCGGGAUUGAAUUAUUGGCAAUGACAGAGGAGUUGACAGACACUUUGAACCAGCCAAUGGUGACCUUCACAUCCAUUUUCCGCUUACAAUAUCAUCAACAGAAUAAAGUAGCAGAUGGGGAUGUUUUCUCGGACACACCAUGAAUCUUUCUCAGUAAGUCUUAUAGCACAUGACACAUAUAAACUGGACAGAUAUAGGUUUCAGUUUUGUAGUAUUGUACAACCCACACCGUAAUAAGCUGUUUUGUUAAUGUAUAAGAUCAGGUAGUAUACACUUUGGUACACAUCAUGCUCCAUUAGCGGCAAUAUGAAAACCUAAUCUAUGUAGAUCAAAACUGUGGUUCAUAGUGCUAUUUUUUCACCUUCAUACCUCUUUAGCUACCUGUACAUUUGGUUUCCUGCACACACCCUUCCAAAGUAAUUCCAUUGGCACAUUCCUUUUCCUGAGAAACUAUUUUAACCCUCUGAUUGGCUGGGAUCAAUGUCUGUGUUGGAACUGGUCAUUACCAAUAAUCAUAUCAAGCUGUUUUUAAGCAUUUCAUCCCAUACUUCUCACGAUAUGAUCUAUCCCUUUUACCUUUCUUCAGCAAAGUUGAAUUCAAGUAAUGAAAGAGUUACACAGUUCCUCUGCAUAAAAUAGCCUAACUCAAUGUAUUAUGGCUGAAAGGGUGGCUGGAAAGGAAGCAAAUCCAACCGCGGUUCACUGCAGAACAUUGCGCCCUUGAAUGCCACAUGGCUUUGCCAAAAUGAAAAGCUGUCAGACAUACUAGUGAACCAAAUUUGUAACAGACAAUGUUUGAAGUACAUGAUUAUUUAAGUAUUUGAAAUAUUUUAUUUCUGUGUAUUUGAGUAAGUUGUAUAUGUAUAUAUGUAUAUAUGAAUGUG